AUGGUCUCUUUCUCGUGCUCUUUGUUCGCUGGCUGGGCGCCGUUCGCUUCUGUUUCGUCGUUCUCUGUCUGUUCGGGGCGCGGUGCGCUGGCUCCCGGCGUGGCUCGUCGGUCGUCGGUGGCGGGGCGCGUGUCGCUGCCGGGGCUGCUUGGCUCGUCUGUUUCCCUUGCGCUGGCUCGGGCGUUGGCGCGGAGCGGUCCGGGCUCGGCGGGCGUCGCUGUCGCGGGCGCGGGCUCGGGCGCGGGUCGGUGCGCGGCCGGUGGGCGCGGGCUCGGCGUGGCCGUGCCGGCGUGGGCGCGUUGCUCUGGCGCGGGUCGAUGGGUCGCGGUGCGCGAGGCUGUGUGUCUGGGGCGCGGGGCGCGUGGCGCGUUCUUCGCCGGUUCGCGGGCUGUUCCGCGGCGGGGUCGGGUCCGCCUUCGCUUCGCGGGCUCCGCUCAGGCUGUGUGCUGA